AUGCCUCGCACAAUCAACACCCACAUUCCACCACCAAGGGAUGGCCGCAAGCCGACCGUCAAUCUCCCCGCGCGUGCCGUCUCGAUCUACCGCAAGGAGAGGCGCCUCCGUAAGGCUGAGCGCAGCAUGAAAGCCCGCGAGACUGCAGCUGGUCCGGCAGCCAAUAACCGCGCGCUGACGAUUCGCGGUCACGAUGCAGCGCUCCAGGCGAUCGAGGCACGUGAGCGUGCGGCGAACUGGCGUGCAUCUGCGCUGGGACAUCGGGAGAGGGCGAUGCAGAUCAUUGAGGCCGAUGAUCUGGAGUGGGAGAAUGUGGAGGACGACAACGAGGUCGAAGGCGAGGAUCAGGUCCGCGAGGGAGGCGAAGCCGACACCAACCAGCAGCAACCACCUACCACGGACGUCGCAGCUCGUGUUCCUGUCGGUCCCGUCGACUACUUCACGGCCGAGCCGACCAGGAUCCUUCCCACCGCUCCUCUCUUGACCGCCGACCAGAUCCAGUACGACCACCACAAGUACCUUCACGACCAGUUUGGCGUGGCACGCCCAAAGACGUACAUCACGACCGUGGAGGAGGAGGUGGAGGAAAAGCCGUUCCCGACCCAGCCGACCGCAGGUGAGAAUGAGGGCUCGUGA